GCGGCUGCGGCAGAGGCUGGGAGCUGUCCAGUGCUGACAAGGAACAACGGCCGGCCCCGAGCAGAACAAUAAGCAUUGCAGCGCACGGCGCAGGAGCGGGAGCCGGGAACCGAAGCUUGGAGCCGCUCCCGAGCGCCGGGAGCUGUCCAGUGCUGAACUUGCGGGCGAUGUCUGAGGAGCCAGCUCCGGGCUGGUGACCCCUGGACCUCAGGGUGGGCUUUUGCACCGCGCUGGAGGGCGACAGGACGGGCCUGGGCAGCCGGCCGCCUCCUCUGCUGCACAAAAGCCGCUGGAUCUGGGGCUGGAACAAGGGCCGAUCGCAGCAGGCGGACUGGGCAGCUCAGCAGCGGGGUUCGGGGCUGGGGGCUGCACCGCUGAGCCAGCAAAACCACCCAGCAAGCCACAAAGCCAUAGCGCCGGAAGCCUUUUUCUAACGGGCGUUUUUGUAAAGAUUUUUUGCUGGGAUCCGUUUCUCUUCCCUCUCCCCCCAAUAGCUGACCCAGCGGCAACCGGCCAGCUGCCGCGCUCCUCCGCCUCGGCCGCGGCUAGAAACCAUGCCAAGAUCCUUCCUGGUCAAAAAGGUCAAACUCGAUGAUUUUUCUUCGGCGGAUCUAGAGAGCUCGUACGGCCGAUCCCGAACAGACUUCAGCUCGCGGCUCCAUGACAAGGGGUACAUCAGUGACUACAUCACCCCCGCGGUCUAUGAAGGCGAAAGCGAAAGCGCCAUCAAGGUGCCCUCGCCGGAGCCGAUCUACCCGGGGGCGCACGGGGACUAUGGCGCGGCGGACUCGGACCAGCCCGACAGCCCGCACUCGGAGAUCGCGGCCGGCUACAUCAACGGCGACGCGGCGGUGAGCGAGGGCUACGCGGUGGACGCCUUCUUCAUCACGGACGGGCGGUCGCGGCGCAAGGCGGUGAGCGGGGCGCGCAGCCUGCAGCGGCACCGGUGCAGCGAGUGCGGGAAGACCUACGCCACCUCCUCCAACCUCAGCCGGCACAAGCAGACGCACCGCAGCCUGGACAGCAAGAUGGCCAAGAAGUGCCCGACCUGCGGCAAGGUCUACGUGUCCAUGCCGGCCAUGGCCAUGCACCUGCUCACCCACGACCUCAAGCACAAGUGCGACAUCUGCGGCAAGGCCUUCAGCCGGCCCUGGCUGCUGCAGGGCCACAUGCGCUCGCACACGGGCGAGAAGCCCUUCGGCUGCGCGCACUGCGGCAAGGCCUUCGCCGACCGCUCCAACCUGCGCGCCCACAUGCAGACCCACUCCGCCUUCAAGCAUUUCAAGUGCAAGCGCUGCAGCAAGACCUUCGCCCUCAAGUCCUAUCUCAACAAGCACUACGAGUCGGCCUGCUUCAAGGGGGCCGUCCCGCCGCUCAGCCCCAGCGAGCCGUGACCGGGACGUCCCCUGGCGGGGCCCCCUCCCCCCUCUCCGAAAUCC